UUUUCCCUCCAAAUUGAGGGUUUAGAAUAGGGUUUUUGGAAUUCUUCAUCGCCUGCGAAACCAACAAUGGCGUCAUCGUCUUCGAUGAGCAACUACGACAUGCCAUGGGUGGAGAAGUAUAGACCCACCAAAGUAGCAGAUAUUGUUGGCAACGAAGAUACCGUCUCUAGGCUCCAAGUCAUAGCUCGCGAUGGCAAUAUGCCAAAUCUGAUCUUAUCGGGCCCUCCUGGAACUGGCAAAACCACGAGUGUAUUGGCUCUUGCACACGAGCUUUUGGGAGCAAAUUACAGGGAGGCAGUAUUAGAGUUAAAUGCAUCAGAUGACAGGGGCAUUGAUGUAGUGAGGAACAAAAUCAAGAUGUUUGCUCAAAAGAAAGUAACAUUGCCUUCUGGGAGUCACAAAAUAGUCAUAUUGGAUGAAGCUGACAGCAUGACAACUGGAGCGCAGCAAGCAUUGAGACGGACAAUGGAAAUAUAUUCAAAUUCCACUCGCUUUGCCCUUGCAUGCAAUAUCUCCUCCAAAAUUAUUGAGCCUAUUCAGAGUAGAUGUGCCAUUGUUCGAUUUUCAAGAUUAUCUGAUCAGGAGAUCCUUGGUCGACUGAUGGUGGUGGUUGAAGCAGAGAAGGUUCCUUUUGUCCCGGAAGGUCUUGAAGCAAUCAUCUUUACUGCUGAUGGUGAUAUGAGGCAAGCAUUAAAUAACUUGCAAGCUACAUACAGCGGAUUCCGGUUUGUCAACCAAGAAAAUGUAUUUAAGGUCUGUGACCAACCUCAUCCUUUGCAUGUGAAGAAUAUGGUCCGUAAUGUACUUGAGGGGAAAUUUGAUGAUGCUUGUUAUGGAUUGAAGCAGCUGUAUGAUCUUGGUUAUUCCCCGACUGACAUAAUCACAACCCUUUUCCGAAUCAUUAAAAAUUAUGACAUGGCUGAAUACCUGAAAUUAGAAUUCAUGAAGGAAACUGGCUUCGCCCAUAUGAGAAUCUGUGAUGGAGUUGGUUCGUAUCUUCAGCUAUGCGGUCUCCUUGCCAAGCUUGCUGUUGUUAGGGAAACAGCAAAAGCAUUUUGAGGAGCUGGGAACUGGAAAUGGAAACUGCAAUCUUUCUGCCUCUUCCACUGGUGAUAAAUAUUAGCUAACAGUUUUUUAUGUCUAGCUUCAUGCAUGGUUUGUUAGGAGAAACCGAAAGUACCCGUAUGAAUCAAAAACAUGUUUUACUUGUAUUUAUACCACAAUGAUCACCAGGGGUUGGGUUUAUUUUUAGUUCAAUGAUGGGGUUGCUUCAUUAUCAUCACAACUGAGAAAUAGGGUUAAUCCAUAUAUAUAAGGAAGCUGCUAAUGUGAUCAUGUAUGCAGAAUACUGACUUUGUCCCUUGACAACUGUGAGUGCUGCUUACUGAUAUAAUAUAUUGCUCAAACAACCUUUUGUCCUUGA